AUGAUCGGAGCCGACUCAUCGAGCAUCGUCGCCAUGAAACCAUCGACCCUCAUUGUCUCCGUACUACUAAUCAUCGCAGUAGCGUCGAAGACAGUGAAGCGAUCCAAACGUCAGCUUCAAGUGUAUUACAUGUGCAAUGGAGCUGUCUCGCAAUAUCCUUGCAACAAUAACAACUACAACCCGUACAACAAUUGUAAUAACAAUAAUUGCUAUGGAGUGUCCAUUCCAAACUCCUUCAACUAUCCAAACUACAAUUGUAAUUCGGGAUGCAAUAACUUGAACUGCAAUCAAUAUAAUGGCCAGUGGAUGAAUGGGCAAUACGUGGCAUAUUCAACGUCAUCAAACGUCUACUCGCCAUGCGCAAGCUUGUGCUGCUCCAACAAUAAUAUUAACAGCAAUUUUGUUAAUAAUGGAUGGAAUAAUAAUAAUAAUAUCUAUUUGCCGUAUGGCAAUCAAAAUGCGUUGAACAACAUGGGAAAUACGAUGUUCACCGGAACUUAUGAAAAUGGAGUGUACCUUUGCGGUGGAACCGAGCCGUCCGGCGGAAUUUGCCAGGCCAACGGCGUGUGCCCGUCGGGACAUUCAUGCGUCUCCGGCAACGUGUGCUGCCGUUGUCCGGUGGGCGCGAGCGCCGGCAACUGCCAAUUCAACGCCGAUUGCGGAGCAGGCUACUAUUGCUCGCCGACGAAUUACUGUUGUCCGUCGACGGUCACUCCCGGCAAAGAAUUCGGACCGUGUUUGAAUGGCAAUUGUCCGAGCGGAUUCAAAUGCGGUGUUGGCAAUAUUUGCUAUCCCGAAUCCUUCAUUUUCUAA